GGGCGGAGGAGCCGCGCCAUGGGCGGCGCCAUCUUAGGGCUGACGGCAGCCGCCCGCGACCGCGCGGUGCCUCCGCCCGCCCCGCCGCGGCCAUGGGGGCCAGGGAGCCCUGCCGGCGGCUGGAGGCGGUGCUCGGGGCUCUCUACGACCUGGGUGAGGAGCCCGGCGAUGGGGGCGAGGAGGUGGAGGAGGAGAGCAAGGAGCCGGCAGCACCAGCAGUAGCAGGAGGAGGAGGAGGAGGAGGAAGAGCGGCGGGGGGGCAGCGGGGUGCUCGAGGCUUCUUCGAGGGGCUGCGGGAGGAGCUCCGCAACGCCGCCCCCCCGCCCGCCGCCCCGCAGCCCGUGGAGGUGGUGCUGUUCCGCGGGGGCAAGCGGCGGCCGCCACCACCCCACGGCGGCCCACAGGCCAAAGCAGUGGCUGAAAAGAAGACCGUGAACGAGCAGGAAUUUAACUUUGAAAAAGCUCGCUUGGAAGUGCACAAGUUUGGGAUCACUGGCUAUCAGAAGCAAGAGCAGCGUUUAUGGGAACGGGAACGGGCCAUCAUGCUGGGAGCCAAGCCCCCCAAAAAGCAACACAUCAACUACAAGGAAUAUCAAGAGAAAAUGAAAGAGAAAAAAGCAGCGAAGGAAGACGAUAAGGGAAAGGAACACAAAGGAGAUUCUCUGAAGAAGAAGAAGAAGAAAGACCUGAAGGAGAGGAAGGCCAAAAGGAAGAAAUCAGUGCCUAGCAUUUGGGCUGCUGGACAAGUCGGAAAAUUCAGAGAUGGAACCUUGAUUCUACAAAGUGGUGACAUAAAGAAAAUUAAAUCAUCUAAAGUUGUCAAAUGAGCUUACGAUACAAAAGGAGAUGGACAAAAGCCAUAAGACAGAAUUCACACUGCCACCAAAACAUAGCCCCUUGCCCUGUUAACCAUGUUGUAAUUCUUGUACCUUAUUUUUUGUUGCAGGUUUUUCUAUCUUCCAUUUGUUCUUCAGGGGAAUAUGAGAAUUUACCAUUUUGUAAAUAAAAAUAAGACUUUAAUAAUUAA